AUGCCACUUGUAAAUAACAAAGUGGGUGAUGACUGCACAGUUGGCACAGAUAAGGCUUUGGUUGAUGGGAAGGCUCAGGUGGAUUCUCUGAUAAAGGUGGUGGCAUGUUACCGGCACUUGGCCUCAUGUGUUGGUGGAUGCACGGACAGCUUGCAGCUACGGGAUGAGUUGCGGCAAACACGAGAAAAGGCCCAGAUGUUGGCCGUGGCCAUCUGUAGUCAUCUGACCUCACAUCUCCGAAACAAGAGCCUGCCUGGUGAGCAGCGUAAGGAGAUGGAGCUCCUCUGGGUGGCCUUCUCCUCCAGCCUAGAGCUCCUCCAUGUUGACAUGUGCAAAGUUUUCACCAUGGGGGACAUCUUCUCUUUGGCCAACAGUAAAACCCUGGUGCAAACUGGCCUUCAAGGAGGAGGCAGUGAGGUGGCAGCUCGGGCACUCAGUCUCCCAGACCUGAAUGAAACUCAGAGCCCAAACCUCCCUGCUGGACUAGAGAGCCAGGAGCGCAGCAUCAUGGAGCAGGAGAUCAGCCAUAUUGACCACAUGAUUGAUGACAUGGAGAUGAAAGUCAACGUGAUGCGCUGGAUGGUGGAGCCCCAUGGGCCACAGUAUGCAGACCCACUCAGCAGCACCGACAGCGCCUCUCUGGCUCUGCUCUCAGUGGAUGAGGAGCAGCCUGGACACCAGCCUCUAUGCCAGCGCAAUCAAAUCUUUGUGCUCUUAUUGCUGUUUGCUGUUGUUUUGGUGGCAGCCACUUUAUCUGUCUGUGUUUUCUUUUUCUCAUGA